UCCUUUGGUUAUAUAAACAAGACAGAUGCAAACUUUGUCUGGUACCUCUCCUGUAAAAGACAUGGACGCAGAGAAAGCAAACAACAACGAUAACAAUGGCCACGUCGAGCACGAGCGUUGCCCGGUGGAGGAAGUGGCACUCGUGGUCCCCGAGACCGACGACCCGACUCUACCGGUGAUGACAUUCAGAGCUUGGUUCUUGGGCCUGUCCUCCUGCAUCCUCCUCAUCUUCCUCAACACGUUCUUCACCUACCGCACGCAGCCGCUCACCAUCUCAGCAAUUCUCAUGCAAAUCGCCGUCUUGCCCAUCGGCAAGUUCAUGGCUCGGACUCUCCCCACCACUCCCCACAAGCUCAUGGGGUGGGAGUGGAGCCUCAACCCUGGUCCUUUCAACAUCAAGGAGCAUGUUAUUAUCACCAUCUUUGCUAAUUGUGGUGUUGCUUACGGUGGUGGUGAUGCUUACUCCAUUGGAGCCAUCACCGUCAUGAAGGCUUAUUACAAGCAGAGCCUUAGCUUCAUCUGUGGUCUCUUCAUUGUCUUGACCACUCAGAUUUUGGGUUAUGGCUGGGCUGGAAUCUUGAGGAGGUAUCUUGUUGAUCCUGUUGACAUGUGGUGGCCAUCCAACCUUGCUCAAGUCUCUCUUUUCAGGGCGUUGCACGAGAAGGAGCACAAGUCAAAAAGCUUGACGAGGAUGCAGUUCUUUCUUGUGGCACUAGGUGCUAGCUUCCUCUACUAUGCGCUUCCAGGCUACCUAUUCCCAAUCUUGACUUUCUUUUCGUGGGUCUGUUGGGCUUGGCCUAACAGCAUCACGGCGCAGCAAGUUGGGUCAGGGUACCAUGGUCUCGGAGUUGGAGCCUUCACUCUUGACUGGGCUGGUAUCUCUGCUUACCAUGGAAGUCCCUUGGUGGCUCCUUGGUCCUCUAUCCUCAACGUUGGUGUUGGCUUCAUCAUGUUUAUUUACAUCAUAGUUCCUGUUUGUUACUGGAAGUUCGAUACUUUCGACGCUAGAAAGUUUCCCAUUUUCUCCAACCAGCUGUUCACUUCCGCUGGCCAGAAGUAUGACACAACCAAGAUCUUGACUCCUCGGUUUGAUCUUGACAUUAAUGCUUAUAACAACUACGGGAAGCUUUACCUCAGCCCUCUUUUCGCGCUCUCCAUAGGAUCCGGCUUUGCGAGGUUCACUGCAACGCUAACUCAUGUAGCAUUGUUCAACGGCAGGGACAUAUGGAGGCAGACUUGGUCAGCAGUGAAGACGGUGAAGCUUGACAUACAUGGGAAGCUGAUGCAAAGAUACAAACAAGUGCCAGAGUGGUGGUUUUAUGUGUUGCUGAUUGGAAGUGUAGCGUUGUCUCUACUCAUGUCUUUUGUGUGGAAAGAGUCAGUGCAGCUUCCAUGGUGGGGAAUGCUCUUUGCUUUUGCUAUGGCCUUUAUUGUCACUCUCCCUAUUGGUGUCAUUCAAGCAACUACUAAUCAGCAACCAGGGUAUGAUAUAAUAGGGCAGUUUAUAAUUGGUUAUAUCCUACCUGGAAAGCCUAUUGCAAACUUGAUUUUCAAGAUUUAUGGAAGAAUCAGCACAGUCCAUGCACUCUCCUUCUUGGCAGACCUUAAGCUUGGCCAUUACAUGAAAAUCCCACCGCGGUGCAUGUACACGGCUCAGCUUGUUGGCACUGUGGUUGCUGGUGUGGUGAACUUGGGGGUGGCAUGGUGGAUGCUUGAGAGCAUUCAAGACAUAUGCGACAUUGAAGGAGACCACCCUAAUAGCCCCUGGACUUGCCCCAAGUACAGAGUGACCUUUGAUGCUUCGGUUAUUUGGGGACUGAUAGGACCAAAACGGCUGUUUGGAGCAGGAGGCAUGUACCGUAACCUCGUCUGGCUCUUCCUCAUCGGAGCUGUCUUGCCUGUUCCUGUGUGGGCGAUGAGCAAGAUCUUCCCUGACAAGAAGUGGAUCCCUCUCAUCAACAUUCCUGUUAUCUCCUACGGGUUUGCAGGGAUGCCUCCGGCAACUCCGACCAACAUCGCUAGCUGGCUGGUCACAGGGACCAUCUUCAACUACUUUGUGUUCAACUACCACAAGAGAUGGUGGCAGAAGUAUAACUACGUGCUCUCUGCGGCUCUGGACGCAGGGACUGCAUUCAUGGGAGUGCUCUUGUUCUUCGCAUUGCAGAAUGCUGGACAUGACCUCAAAUGGUGGGGCACUGAAGUAGACCACUGCCCUCUUGCCACCUGCCCCACGGCUCCUGGAAUCAUAGCUAAAGGCUGUCCUGUUUUCUAAAUUGAGUAUUAGAUUCAAAAACAUGAUAUGAAAAACAUGUUAUAUUAUUGCUUCUUUCUGUACAGCCUUUUCUACUGCUAGAUAGUGGCCAUCAGAAUGUUGCAAUAAACUCUUACUUUUUUUUUUCAUAUUUAAAAUUUGAAAAGGGCCUUGCGUUGCAUUGAUGCUUGCUUGUGUCCUCUUUUUGUUA